UUAGACAAUAGUUUGACUCUAUCAGACACACUGUUACUUUCAUUUUGAGAAAUACUGCUUAACGUCGCUUUGUUUUUCUAAAGUAGAAUAACUCUAGUUUGGAGCUUCUAUUAAAGAUACUAAUAACAUUUUUACAUUCAAUUUAGAAUUUUGAAGAGAGGUUUUGGAAGAGAUGACACAAAGCCCCCAGAUAGCCACCCAGACUGAUCACAGGAAUCAAAGAACCCAUGAAAAGAAACAAGGUGUAAAGGACAAGUGUAAGAAGACAACUUGUGUGUGUAUUACACUUGCAAUAUUUUUAAUUUUUAAUAUUAUUCUAAUUGUAUUAGUAUUUACGAGUACUCAGGAUUCCUGCCCAGAUGAUUGGAUUAGUUUCCAAAACAAAUGCUAUUAUUUCUCUAAAGAAGAAGGGGAUUGGAAUUCAAGUAGACACAACUGUGUCACUCAACGUGCUGACCUGACUAUGAUUGACACUGAGGAAGAAAUGGCAUUUCUUAAGCGACACAAAUGCACUUCUGAUCACUGGAUUGGGCUGGAGAUGACAGAAAAUCAAGCAGGACGAUGGGUAAAUGGAACCAUAUUUAACAAAUGGUUUUCUGUGAGAGGAAAUGAAAAAUGUGCUUACCUCGAUGAUGAUGGUGCAGCAACAGCUAGAUGCUACACAGAAAGAAAAUGGAUUUGCAGGAGGAAAAUGCACUAACUUAAUGUUUCCAUAGUGGAAUUGCAACAUUGGUACCAUGAUUUUUGUAAUUCUUUUUUUCUUUCCCUCUGUAUAAGUUAACUUUCAACACUUCACUGCUUUAAUGUUCUAGCUUGAUAAUACAUCUUGAUAAUUGUCAAAAUAAUUUCCUUCAACUUAUUUUUCUACUUUUCAAGGCCUGGAUCUUUUCUGUAUCAAUUUUAGAAGACUCCUGUAAUUAAUUUCACAGGACCUAUAGAUCAAUUUGGAAAGUGUUGUAUUUAUAAUAUUAUUUCUUAUUCAUUUAUAAUAUAUAUCUUAUAUUGGUGUUUGUCUUCUUGUAUGAUUUAUAGUUUUUCUAACCAGUCACUGCAUGUUAUUUAUUAUAUGUGUCCCUAUUAAAUGUAUCUGAUGUUUAUGCUGUUGUAAUUAUGUAAUUUUAUUAUUUUUUAUAAUAGUUACUUUUAUAUAUGGAAAUGUAAUUCUUUGUGUUAUUCUUCUCCUGUUCAACAUAUAUUCUGAAAGCUCAUAAUUCUAAUAAUUUGUGGAUUCUUUUAAAUAUUGUAAAACAUAGCACCUAAUAAUAAGUUUUAUUUUUUUCUUAGAACUAUUACUUAAUUUUUGUAUAAUUAAAAUGUGUAGAACUGCCAAGACAAUAUUGGCAGUGAACAUUAUUAAUUUGUUUCACAUUUUAAAGAAAAUUCUUCUAAUAUCUUCUUUUUUAAAAUAUUUUAUUUAUUUAUUUGAGAGAGAGAGAGAACAAUAAGGAGAGAGGGAGGAGCACACUCCCCACUGAGCAGGAAGCCUGACAUGGAACUCAAUCCCAGGACCCUGGGAUUAUGACCUGAGCCAAAGGCAGAUGCCCAACUGACUGAGCCACCCAGGCACUCCACUUCUAACAUUUCAACACUAUCAGUCUUUUAUUUCAUUUUUAUGCACUUUUUUUAAGUUAAGGCAGUUCUUCUAUGUUCCUGUUUCCUAAAAAAAUUUUUUCAAUAGAAAGGGACUUUGAAUUUUCUUAAUGUUUUUGUUUCCUUCAUCUAUUUUGAUGUUCUUCCUUAAUCUUUCAAUGUGGUAAAUGACAAAAGUUUUCUAAUAUUAAAUAACUAUUUUGAAUUCCUAGAUCAAAUUCAACUUGGCUAUGGUGUUAUAUUUAUUCUAAGUUGAUUUAUUCUGAUAUUUAUUUUUUAAUAUUCCUAUGCCUAAAUUCAUUAAUGUGAUUGCCCUAAAAUUUUCUCUGGGGGGAUUAUUGGGAUUAUUGUUUCAAUAAUUCAAAGAAGAUGUGUUGUUUUACAUUUAUGGUAUAAAAUUGUGAAUGGUAAGUUUAAUAUGUCUAAAAAAUUAAUUAUUGUU